AUGGAUAUUAUAACACCAUCUGCUACUUUGACGCUGACGCCGACGCCAACUACCCUCCCGCGUUUCGGCAGUCGCACAGCGUCUAGCACCACCAGCUCUGUAUUCCCCGGAUCAAGCGAUUACCCCGUUUUUCCCAAUGGAGUAUUCUUGUCCAAGUUUUACCUUGUCUCAUCCCAAUACUCCGGCCUCAAUGAUCUCGAUCACCACCUCUACAACGUGUGCUACCUGCCUUUCAACCCCUUUGAUGUCGAAAAGUCAUUCGACAUUGACAAGAGACGGGCCUCUCCCACCGGCUCCUCUAGCACUCCGCGGCCGACAUACUUGAUCAACGAGGCGCCAUGCAAACGGCAAGCUGCGAUAAAUACAAACUGUCAUUUUCAGAACACAAAUGGCUCGAUCUCAGGCCUCCUGCCCUAUUCUGACCAAUUCGAUGUACAGCAACAAUGCUAUUGCGAGAAAUAUCCCUUCUUUGACUCCGUGCUUGGAUGUAUGAAGUGCUUUGAGAAACAUGGCGGAAUUGAGGGCUAUCACUGGUUCCCACAGAGCUACGUUGACGCAGCAUGGAAAGCAUACUGCGGUCCAGAACCCCCGACUGUUGAAUUCUAUAAGUAUAUGUCACAAUGGGCGAAUACAGACCCUGCUGCGAAUGUCCCCAGUACAACCGCGUCGACUGUUCUGGGUACGCAGACCGACGCCAGCUUGUACUAUACAUACGCUACUACUAUUCGUUCUCCUAAGAACGGUGCACCGGGCAAGGCACUGAGUUUGAGAGGAGUGCUCCUUGCGGCAUUGGCAGCAGGUGUAGUACUAUGUCAAUGA